AUGACGACGAUGGGUCCGGCCACCACAACAGGCAUGGCGCUCAUGCGUACGACGCUUCGGCGUGUCGGAUAUCUGAGCCAGCGUGGUGGUGUGGCGGCGCGCGCGCACUCAAAGCUUGCAGCACCUGCUGUUGCAACAGGUGCGACACGCGUUGCAACAUCACAACAGUGUGCACGCGCGCUAACGACGAGAACGCUGCUGCGGAUGCGCCCUCGGCGUGUGCAUGCGAUUCUGUCGUCCGUUCGCAUGCUGCACAGCAGUUGGAGAAGCAGCAACGGCGGCAGCACCUUGAGCGAAGCAACAGAGAACAAGCCCUUUGACAACGUCGACGUGGACUGCUCCAUGGUGGCCCACCUCAACCAGGAACAGUUUGCGUACGAGUUGAGCGAAGCCGUGUCACAUUGGCGCCAGAACAACGUGGCUGCCGCAUGGCUUACGGUCCCUGUGACGAGCGCGUGGAUGGCAACGGUGGCCAACGAGGAGGGCUUUGUGCUCCACCAUGCACGCAAGGGCAUCAUCAAGAUGCUGCGUUGGCUAGACGAGUCGCGGCCGUGUCAGGUGCCACCGUACAACACGCACCAGGUUGCUGUGGCUGGCCUCAUCAUCAACGAACGCAAGGAGGUGCUGGCGAUUAAGGAGAAGAUCCAGCGCGUGGCCGGCUACAAGCUGCCUGGCGGCCGCGCAGACCCCGGCGAGAACUUUGGCGAGGCUGCGGUGCGCGAGGUGUUUGAGGAGACGGGCAUUCGCAGCCGUUUCCACUCUGUUGUCGGCAUUCGCCACAUGCACGGGUUCCGGCACGGCGCGUCCGACAUCUACGUCAUCUGCCGGUGCAUCCCGGAGAGCGAGGAGAUCACCAUGUGCGAGGAUGAGCUGUCCGAGGCGCGCUGGAUGCCGCUGGAGGACUACAUCGACGACACCAUGCCGCUCAACCAGAUCUUCAUGCACAACAUCAAGCGCAGCGUGGACGCUGCCCGCGGCCGCCACAAUGAAGUGCUCCUGGACGUGGACCUGCCGGAGAUUGUCAUGCCAUCCCCGUACCGCGCCAACCAGCUCAUGCAUUUCUACCACGCAGGCGGGCCCCGCCCGCCGCCUUCUUCCACUGACGACGACGGCAGAGGGGAUGACUGA